AACUCUGAAACUAUCAACUACAACAAAGAAAUUAGCUCUCCUUUUUCCUCUCAUGAGGCUCAUCAUGGCAAUUAUCUUGCUAACCUUCUGCAAACAAGUAACCCUAAUCCUUGGGGAUAUCGGGACAGCCACCUCUUACAAACCACCCUACACACCAACUAGGUGCUAUGGCAGUAGACAAGAUCAAUUCCCUCCCGGAAAUCUGUUCAUUGCUGUGAGUGAAGGGCUGUGGGACAACGGAGCUGCCUGUGGGAGGAGGUAUAGGCUGAGGUGUUUGAGUGGCAAUAAUAGGCCAUGCAAAGAUGGUACAAUUGAUGUAAAGGUGGUGGAUUACUGCACAAAAUCACCCUGCCCUUCUACUAUCCUCAUGUCAAAUGAUGCUUUUUCCGCUCUCUCCCGCUCUCCUGAUGCUAAAAUCAACAUCGAAUACAUCCAGAUUUGACACCAAAUGCAGAAAGAAAUGUUGCAUCGUAAUGUAAAUUUUGCAGCAGGGUUCUGUGUGUACUUUGGUCAUGUAACAGUUUUCAAUAAAAGAACGGAAUCUAAAAUUUGUUGUCA